UUUACACGGUAAAGAAAAUACGUGGUGGCAAGGCGUUUACGAUUACUGCGCCAACCAAUGAUUCUCGCAAUGGCCCAAUUGUCGUUGCCAUGAAAUGCCAGGGAUUUUAUGUAAAACGAUUUCGAACCAGACUAAAAAUCUCCACAGGAUAACCAGAAUACCAGAGGCUUCAGGGAAUAAGACUACGCUGAAAAACAGUACUCGAAAUUCUUCUUACCAGUUCAAAGUGUACAGUCUGUGUAAACGUGGGUACUUGCCUCCGACCGGUGCUCAAUACUGGUACCUGGUACUCAAUACUGCUAACUGGUGCUACCAGUAUUGCUGCUACAGACGGGUAGAGCAUGCCCUUACACAGGCACAUGGAAGAAAGCAGCCUCCCGUCCGAGAGACAGAAGCUCACGAGGUAGAUGGGAGGGACAGAGAGUGCGAGGGAGACAGAGCGAUGCGAGAGGGUCCUCGUGGCAAGGGACACGGAGUGUAUACGGGAAAGAUACAAGAAUGGGGCCAAGUGAGAAAGAGAUUCGAAAUGAGAAUAGGGAGAGAAUCGAAAAUGACAAGGACAUUGUAAGGGAUGCCGAGAGGAGCCGAAAUACUCGACAAUGCGACAUCUUUGAAUACUUUGAAUGCGCUCGGGAGGAGAACCUUUUUCCCUUUCAUCCUCCCAACGUCAACCUACUGGCAGGCAGCACAGUGCCGAAAGCCCCACGGCAAUUCCUCCCGUGCCUCGCGGUAAUGGGCGAAACUUUUUAAUCGAAGGGGAAGUGGCGGCCGAGAGGCUUUAAGCUCUUAAUAAAUCAUUGGGAAGAACUGCC